GGAGUGAGCUUCUGUAAACUUUCUAAUUAUUGCUUUAUACUAACUAAAUUUUUAGGAAACUAGCAUUAAUAUGCUGAUUCCAUGAUUGAUAUUAAUUUUGCCCACUUUGUUGAUAACUCUAAACAAUUCUGCAUUUUGUACCAAUGUAUGUGUUAAACUGAAAAAUACAGGCUUCCAUCUCAAUGAUUCAAUAAAGCACACCUCUUUGAAAGAACAGGAGCUGUCUCUUAUUGUAUCUAGUCUACAAGCAUCUGCGCCAGCUACUUUCAUUAUCCUUAUUGAUGGACAUUAUGUCAUUCAACUCUACAGACUUUGUUCUAACUGGAGAUAUCAGCAGUCCUACUUUUGCAGCAGUUCUUGGUAUUGAAGGAGUCAUUGGUAUAAUAGUUAAUGUAGCAGUGUUAUUAAUGACACUGUAUCAAAGGAAAUCCUGGAAUCAAUCAUCAGCAGUAUUCUUCACUUCUCUCCUACUGUCUCACCUCAUUAUUGCUCUAUGGUAUUUCAUGUCUUCUAUUGCAGUAGGAGCUGAAGAAUGGAUCUUUGGAAACACUUUUGAGGAAAAGAAUGCAACAUGUAUGUUUGUUGCUUAUAUCAUUUGGUAUGGCAGUAUGGAUAUUUCUGCAACAUUAGCUGCUAUAUCUUUUGAUCGGUUUCUGUUUAUUGUCAAGCCUUAUCUUCACAAGCGGUUCAUGAAACCACGAGUAGCUCUGAUCCUGGUUAUUGGUGUGUGGGUGAUGAGUUCACUAAUAAAUACUAUACCAUUUUAUAGUACAGGUGGAUAUGGGUAUUUUCCUCAUAGUGGUAUUUGCUCAUUUUUAAAUAGAACAUCAGCAUAUUUUGUAGUUCUGAUAGUAGUGUAUGCUAUUAUUUAUUCUAUAAUAGCAUUUACAUCUAUUUGGACAUUCUUUUUCACUCGUAGCUUCAUAAAGAGGCAGGGUCGAUCAGUUGAUAGAGGUGUGUAUCAGUCUAAGAAUAAGAGGCUGUUUGGAAUUUUUGGUUCCAUGCUUCUAUUCUACAUCAUAGCUUUACUUCCAUCAUGUAUUAUUAUUUUUUCUAUCUACUUUGACCUACCUGAUGGCCUGUAUGCUUUUAGCAUUUGUACAUAUGGGUUGGUCACAAUAAUAAAUCCUCUCAUUCAAUCAUAUUUUAGGCCAGAGAUAAAAGCAACUUUAGUUUUAAUUGCCAAUAAAAUUGGAUUAAAGUCAAACAAAAUUGGUACUAGUCAAGCCAUGGCUGAUUGA